UUUUAUGCGUGCAACCUUCUUUGGUAUGUGAACCCUUAUCCCGGAAAGUACCAUCAAUCAAAGGGUCAAAGGAAGAAAAAUGGACACAAAUUCUUGAAUAUAAAUAGCAUGCUUCAUCGCUCGUCCUCACUUAUUUUUUAUUUCUAUUUAUCAUUCGAAAACAAUAUUUUAUAUCUUGGAAAAAUCCACUUACCCCUCAUUACUUAUAUAACAGCCCACUUCAUCAUGUCUAGAAUUCCUCGCAAUAGUGUCGCUGUCAUUGGCGGCGGUGGCAACGUCGGCGCAGCCAUAGCCUUCUCACUGAUCGCCAAAAGUGUCCCAGCAGAAGUCCUCAUUGUCGACGUAGCCGAAAAGGCAGCCAAAGGUCAAGCACUAGACAUCAGCGACGCUUCCUUCAUGAUGCCCGGCACCUGCCGGCAAGCCACAUUCCAAGAAGCAGGGCAAUCCGACGUAAUAAUUAUUACCGCCGGUGCACGGCAGCAACCCGGCGAGCCCCGAUCCAACCUUAUCGACCGCAACUACAAAAUCAUCAAAUCCAUCAUGGAUAGUCUGAAGCCGAUCAAGUCGACGGCCAAAAUCCUGGUUGUUUCGAACCCUGUGGAUGUUCUGACGGACAUCGCGCAGAAGGUUUCGGGCUUGCCGAGGGAGCAGGUUAUUGGAUCCGGUACCUAUUUGGAUUCCGGCCGUUUGCGUAAUGCGCUUUCGAAUAUCACUGGUGUUUCGCCCACGUCUAUUCACGCGUAUAUGCUGGGCGAGCACGGUGAUAAUCAGUUUACUGGGUGGUCAUCAGCCAGAAUCGGCGGACGCCCGCUGUUGGAGCAUCCAAAGAUGCACGAUAUCGAGUUAGAUAGCAUUUAUACAGGUAUUCAGCGCAAGGCUUAUGAGAUUAUCGAUGCCAAGGGGUCGACGUACUACGGGAUUGGAAUCUGCGCGGCGACUAUUGCUGAGGCUCUGCUGAAUAACACCAGCCAGGUGUUCCCUGUCACUAACUAUAUCGAGAAGUAUAGCUGCUAUAUGUCUUGGCCGGCGGCUAUCGGCUCGGAUGGCGUCGAGCAGUCGUUUGAUGUCAAGCUCAAUGACGAAGAGACCAAGAAGCUUGAGACGGCUGUGCAUGCCAUCAGGGAGGCAUGCGAAAAGUACAAAUAACACAAAUAUUUUUAAUUAUAUUUUUCACUCCAACACUUCUUUUUUAUUUUUAAAUGCAAGAGAAAAAGAAACAAAGUUAAAAACUAAUAUAUACGAUAUAUAAAGCA